AGCGAUUUCUAUCUGGCUUUUCGCGCACCUUAUACCCGAUAUCCCGAUCAUUUUACAUCAACAGAUGAAAAAGUCCAUGCUCAGCGGCGCCGCAUCGUGAACGGCGUGUAUACUAUGCAGAGCAUCCUUCAGUCAGAGCCCUACGUCAAUAAAUGCACAGAAAUUUUACUACAGCAACUUGAAGAUGUUGCAGACGCCAAAGCUUCCAUUGACCUGCUCGAGUGGAUACGAUUGUACGCUUACGAUGUUAUUGGCGAGCUUUACUUCAGCAAAAUGUUCGGUUUAAUGAAAGCAAGAGGCGACCAUCUUGGGAUAAUGAAGUCCACUGAUACACUGAUUCCGGCCAUGGCCAUUUCAACUGUCAUGCCAUCGUACCUCCGAUCUUUCUUCAUGCUUGUUGGGGUGUUGUUUGCCGAGACCCGCAAGGCCCUGUCUGCUUUGAAUGACCUAGCGACCGCAGCGGACUCUGCUGUUCAGAGUCAUGUUCAAGCAUCGAGUUCUGUAGACAAUGUGAUUCGACGUGGGAAGCUUGAUUUCAAAAUCGAUGAUGUGAAGCUCGAGGCCUUUGGAGGAUAUUUUGCUGGGAGUGAUACAACAGCAAUUCACCUGUCCACGACUUUGUACCAUAUCUUGAAGAACCCAGGAGUCUACGCAGCCCUCAACAACGAGAUUUUUCAGGCCACACAGCGUGGCGAGUUGAGCUUUCCGCAUAUAUCGUACCACGAAGCGAGCAAACUGCCUUAUUUGAGCGCGUGUAUCAAGGAAGGCGCUCGCUUACAUCCUAGUGUGGCACUUACAAUGCCUCGAGAAGUACCAUCAACUGGUCGCAGUAUUUCGGGGCAGUGGAUUUUCGGCGGAGUCCGUGUGGGAAUCAACCCGACUGUCAUGCAACUCGACAAAACAGUGUUUGGAGAUGAUGCGGAGGAAUACAACCCGGAUCGAUGGCUGAAGCCAGAUGCCGAUAAGAUGAUUUGGAGCUGGGUCAAGAAUGUGCUGACCGUUGAUCAGAUAUCGUUGUGCGAGCUUUAUAAGGUCAUCCCAGAGCUUCUUCGUCCGUACCGACUUGAAUUAUCAAGCCCAGAGAAGGAUCUAGAGACCAGCGGGUUUUGGUUCUACAAGCCAGCGCCCAUGCGCAUCCGCGUCUAUCGAAAGUAG